AUGGACCCUGCAGCUUCAUCUCAAGGCUUAGCGAUCAGCUCGAAGCCUCAGGAGUCUCGCAAAGUGUCGUUCUCCGAACGCCAGCAGCAGCGACGGCGCGGCUCGCGGAGAUCCCUUGCCGCAUCCUCCAAUGGGGAUGCAUCCGGAUCGCCGACCGCUCAAUCCGAAAAUGGUCCGAAUGGAGGCUCGUUCGGUUUCCGUGGACAUCGCAUGAAACCGGAUAAAGUUACCUUCUCGGAGCGUCAGCGGUUGAGAAAAGCAGGCGAGCUCGAAGAAGAGGAUGCGAAGCCAAUCUUUGGGAAUCGAAUGAAGUCCAAGGUGACGUUUUCAGAGCGGCAACGGCAGAAGCACAGGAGGAGAAAAACUCUGAACGAGAUGGAAACGCUUGAGUGUGUGGAUGGAGAAUUCGGAUUCAGCUGGUCGGAAUACGCGUCGGAUUCGUCGUCCGAGGCGCCGACGCCGGCAGGUGGUUUGGAGAAGGUCGAGUUUGGCGAAGAGCUGCGAGACGAAACUGGCGAAGCUGGCGAAGGGACGGUGGUGGGAACGGCGUGGAAGGCGAAUCGUGGUUUCCGAGUGCAGAUUCGCCUGGGAGGAGCGGCGAAGAAGCUUGUCAGCGGAGCCAUUGCCGGAGGAGUAUCACGCACAGUGGUGGCGCCGCUGGAGACGAUUCGCACGCACCUGAUGGUGGGGAGCUCGGGGCACCGCACGAUCGUGGGCGUGUUCCGCUGGAUCAUGCAGAAGGAGGGGUGGCGCGGGCUGUUCCGCGGCAACGCCAUCAACGUCAUCCGCGUGGCGCCGGGGAAGGCCGUGGAGCUAGCUACGUACGACACAGUCAAGAAGCUGCUUACACCUGCGGACGGUGGCAAGCCCAUCAUCCCCAUCCCGCCCUCCUCCAUCGCUGGGUCCGCUGCUGGCGUGGCCGCCUGCUGUCUCAUGUACCCCCUCGAGCUCGUGAAGACUCGGCUCACCAUUCAGCCGGGCGAGUACCGCUCCAUUCUGCAUGCGUUCUACCGCAUCAUCACAGAGGAGGGCGCUCACGAGCUCUACCGCGGACUGGGACCCAGCCUGAUAGGCAUCGUGCCGUAUGCCGGCUCCAACUACUUUGCAUAUGACACGCUGCGCACGCUCUACAAGAAGAUAACCAAGAAAGACAAGAUCGAGCCGCUUGCGACGCUUGUGAUCGGGUCGCUUGCGGGUGCUGCUGCUGCAUCUGCCACGUUCCCCUUGGAAGUGGCUCGCAAACAGAUGCAAGUCGGUGCACUCAAAGGCCGUGUUGUGUACAAGGGAACACUGGACUGCAUUCAGAGGAUCGUGCAGGAGCAGGGAAUUCAAGGGCUCUACAGGGGACUCGUGCCGUCGUGCGUCAAGCUAAUGCCUGCUGCAGGGAUCUCGUUCAUGUGCUAUGAAGCACUCAAGCAUGUUUUUGUUGACGACGAUGAUAAGGUUACGGUAGCAAAACCAGGAGCCGACUCGGACUCCAUGGCUGCCGGAACCAACACGCGCUCGUCCCGCGAGUUCUCCCUGCGCGAAUCGCCCACUCAGCACAACGAAUCCCCCGUUGAUGCCCCCUUAUCCGCUCCAGCCUCCUCGUCCACAGCAGCCCUCGAUGAGGCUGAGACCGUGAGUCCCCCAUCUGAUGGGGAGUCCCCGCCACAGCCUCUCAAGUUCCCCCUGCCGGCCGUCGAGUUCUCCCUGCGUGAGCUGGCGGCCUGCACACGUGGCUUCGGCCCAGAUGCCAUGCUAGCAAUGGACUGGGCGGGCGCCGUGUACCGCGGGUGCUGCCACGUGGGCAAGGGCCACGUGGGGGGGCGGCCCGGUUACGGUUUGCACUCAGACGCGCCUGCUGCCACGGAGGCUCCACGUGGUUCCUCUGCAGUGGCACAGCCUGUGACGAAGCGCGCCGAAUCUCCAGCCGACCUGUGCUGCUGUGCCACGUGUCAAGAGCUCACUGCCACCGACUGUGUGACUCUAAGGGGCGGCUGCGCGCGGGUGAAGCGCUGGCGAUACCUGCCUUCCUCGUUGCCUCCUCCCCCGCCGUCCACGUCAGCAGCUGCCAACGCGACAGGCAGCACGAGCAACGACCAGGGAGCAGCAGCGUCAGAAAGCAUGACGUCUCAUACGCCCGAGGAGGCGCAGAGCUUUGGAGAGGUGCAGAGCGGUGAAGAGGUGCAUUCUUCUGUCUCUGCGGGGAGGGAGAUGAUGGGGCGGCUGGCAGAAGCAGCAGCGUCGCACCCGAGGCUGCUGCCGAUCGUAGGAUUCAGCUGCACUGAGGAGCUGCUGCUGGUCUUCCGCUCCCACCCCUCUGCGCUCUCCCUCGAAUCCGCCCUCGCAAGAGACGCAAUGCUGUGUGGAGCCGGGUCUCCCUCUGCUCUCUCCUCCUGGUCCUCCCGUCUCUCCGUCGCUCGCCAAAUAGCAGGAGGGCUAGCCCACCUGCACGCCCACAGCUUUCUGCACGCCUCGCUCCGUCCCGCCAACGUGCUUCUGCUUCCUACCGGGUCUACCGGGUCUACCGGUACUACACAGCGUUGCACCCCCCAGCCGCCGAACCACCUUUCGGAGCAAGAGCAGCGGUGGUGGCGCCACAUGCUUCGGCGAAAGGCUCGUGCCGAGGCUGCUGCCCAGGUCCGGGUGCAGCUGGCGGAUUACGGCCUGCCCUGCCAGGCUCGGGACGGGCCAGGUUCGGCAGGGAAGAGCCGUGGAUGUGUUGUGUUCGGUGAUGCUAAAUACCUGGAUCCUGCAUUUAUGGGAUCGGGCCGGUACGGCACUGAUAGCGACGUGCCGUCCAGCCAUGAAGUGGAGCAGCUUGUAAAGGGGAUGGAGGGGAUGAAUGUGGUGGGCGAGUUGAGGUGGAGGGAGAUGAACGGGAGGAGGCUGAGAGGGCACCAGUGGGCCUUGCUGCAAUAG